AGCAAACUGUGCGGGGUUUCCGACUGUGCCAAAUGCCCCUCCUGUCACUAGUUAGGUAUGCUUAGAUGCCACAUAGAGAAUCAGUUUGUAGCUGUCUGUGUGAUAGUAUUGUUGCCCGUGAUUCAGUUUUUUAUUGUUUGUCCUUGCAUCUCUGCCAGCCAGUUUUGCAUGGUGUCAAAUAGGGAAAAGCAAAUGUAAGAGAGAUCAGCUGAGUCUUUAGCCUUUACUGAUUUGCAGCAGGCCUGUCCUCCAUGCUCCAGGGAGCAGAUAUUUUGCAGGAUUACUGACAUGGACUGCUCUUGCUUUCUCCUCUUCCCACAUUUCCUCUUAUUCUACCCUUCUCCAGAAUGUCUUUGCCCAACUCAGAGAAUGCCUCCACCCUGGAGAACGCUAUGCAGCUCAUGAUCCAGACCUUCCACAAAUACUCUGGAAAUGAGGGGGACAAAUAUACACUGAGCAAGGCUGAGCUCAAGGAGAUGCUUACCGCAGAGCUCGGCAACUACCUGGGGAAUGCCCAAGAUAAGGAGGCAGUGGACAAGGUAAUGGGAGACCUGGAUUCCAACAACGACGGGGAGGUAGAUUUCACCGAGUUCAUCAUACUGGUCGGAGCUCUUACUGUGGCCUGUAACGAUUUCUUCCUGGAGUACAACGACAAACCAGAAAAGAAGAAGUAAACACACCCUUGGCUCAAAGAAGUCCACUGUGAAAACCCACAUGCUCCAGGGAGGAAACAGUUAAGACAGGAGAGCAGACCUGCGAGGGACAUCCUGUCAUGGACAUGUACAAAUACACACACACACACACACCCACACACACACACACACACGCACACACACAGACACACAAACAUACAUACACACAUACAUGCAUAUAUGUCUAAUUGCUUCAACAGUAAAUGUUGGGUGUUUGUUUGUGUAUUUGUCCAGCAAUGUCCAAUCAGUCCAUAACAAACUGCAUUUAUUGCAAUGUCAAUAUCUGGAGAGUUUAAAUAAGUUUCAGCACCUGUCACUGUUUGAACAUGUGAAUGCCUCUCUCUUUCUUCUUCUUUACAUUUAUUUUGUAACAUAUUCAAGAAAAGACAUUUCUCCCUGGAAAGAAUAAAUGUGAC